AUGUCAACAACAGAGAAAGAGUCCAAGACAGGCGCCACCUCUGACGAGGCUGUUGUGCAUGUUCUUGGAACGUCGGACGGCGGCGAAAGCCAAACUGGAGGUGCCGCUGAGAUUCCUGAAAGCCAUCGUGGUCUGCGCAUGCGACAUGUCCAGUUGAUCGCCAUCAGUGGCUCCAUCGGCAGUGCCGUCUUCAUUUCCAUCGGGAACCCACUCACCAGUGCCGGACCACUGGGCCUUCUUAUCGGCCUGGGCAUCUGGUGUACCGUCGUUUGGGCCGCAUCCAACUGUCUCAUUGAGAUGACCACGUUGUUGCCGUGCGACGGCGGAUUCCUUCAGUACGCCACGCGCUUUGUCGACCCGUCCUUUGGAAUGGCUCUGGGCUGGAAUUACGCUAUCACUCAAUGGGCCCUCAUCUGCUACGACACCACCGCUAUCAACGUCAUCUGUCAGUACUGGGGCACGAUUCACCCAGCCAUCAUGGUAUCCGUGACUCUUGUCAUCCUUGGCGCCUUGAACCUCUACAGCGUUCGCUGGUACGGCGAGGCAGAGUUCUGGUUAUCAAUCACCAAGAUCAUUUUGAUGUUUGGCCUCACCCUCUACACCUUUGUGACAAUGGUCGGAGGCAACCCUCUCCACGACGUCUACGGCUUCCGCUUCUGGAAGGACCCAGGUGUCUUUGGAACCAACGUCGGCGCUCGGGAGCAAGUGCGUGGCAUCUUUGACGCCAUUUGCUGGGGCACCUUUGCCAUUGUUGGCCCCGACUACCUCUCCAUCGUCGGUGGUGAGGUUCGUCACCCUCGCCGCGUCCUUCCCAGGGCAUUCAACACGACGCCUUACCGCAUCUUCUUCUUUUACCUUACCGGUGCUCUUUGCGUCGGUAUUGCCUCCUCGUCCAACGACCAGAGUCUUCUCGGCGCCAUCGCUGCAGGCGCACCUGGCGCCGCCAAGAGCCCGUACGUCAUCUCGAUGAACCGUCUCGGCAUUCCAGUUCUUCCGUCAAUCGUCAACGCCGUUGUUCUCAUCUCGUGCAUGUCGACUGCCAACUCGUUUGCCUUUGUUGGCUCGCGCUCCCUGUUCAGUCUGGCACAGAAGGGCCAGGCUCCCCGCAUCUUCACCCGCGUCAACCGCAACGGUGUCCCGUACCUGGCCGUGAUCGCUACACUCCUCCUUGGUUGCCUGUCGUACCUGUCGGUUUCGACCCAGGCCGCCAAGGUCCUCAACUGGUGGAUCUCCCUUACGGGCAGUGCGCAGCUGGUCACCUGGACCUGCGUCGCGAUUACAUACAUCCGCUUCCGCGCCGGACUCAAGAAGCAAAACCUCUUUGACACCGACUUCCUCCCCCAGCGCGGUCACUUGCAGCCCUUCUCAGCCUGGUGGCUCCUCACCUGGUCGCCCAUCGUGUUCAUCUUCUCGGGCUACUACUGCUUCAUUGGUCCCUUUGCCACCAUCGACUUUGUGUUUGUGUACGGCUCAGGCUUCAUCUUUGCCGCCAUCUACCUCGGCGCCAAGGCCUAUGACAUUUUCGUUCGCAAGCAAACCCGCUUCUGGAUCAAGGCCGAAGACAUUGACUUUGUGACCGACAUUCAGCACUUCAACGACAUGGCCAAGGCCACCGAGGCCAAGAUGGCGGCCAAGCGGGAAAAGGGGACUGGGGUGUUGCAGAAGAUUGAUCACUUCUUGUUUUAA